ACUAAUUCUGCCAAAAUAAACGUGGAAAAAUUGUGUUACAUAUCAAUUAAAUUAUAUGCAUGAUCUCUAUUGGAUUAAAGCUAUCUAUUUUCAUGAUUGAAAAACAUUUCGGAAAACAAGUGUUAUAUUCAGUGUUGCUUUAUAAGCACUCAUAUCAAAAUAAAUUGUGUGUGAUCAGUUAUCUAGUGAUUUACAUGUAAAUGAUUUAUUUAAAAAAUUAUUAAAUUUAUCACAUGAAUAUCCAGUGUAACGAUAACAAUUUUAUACUUGAAUAUUUCUUGUGUAAUGUAUUUAUGAAAAAGAUUUUUGUCUUUUUUUUUUAAGGCACUAUAGAUCCGUUUCCUUUUAUUCGAUUAUUAUUACAGAAUAUACAACUUGCGAAAAAUAGUCAUUACGGUUUUGAAUUUAAUUACUAUUUUUACAUACUUAUUGUUAAAACUUAUAAUAUAUUAGAAGUUCAUCAAAUAUGCUUUUAGUGCAUGUUUAUAUAUAUUUAUUUAUUAUGAAAUCGAUAAAAUUACAAUCCUUUUGAUAUUAUUAAUACAUGAUAAAUUAUCAAAGUAUAAUUAUAUUUUUCGUAUAUAGACAUAGUGUAAAGUAAAAACGUUCAAGCACAAUACGUAUGAUCACUUUUCGCGAUGUAAACGGUACGCGAAAUGAUGUGCUAAACAAAGGCAUCUUUGAAAGAUGUCAUCGGUUUGACUACAGACGGAUAAUCAACUUUGUUUUACACGUAUUUCACAUGUCAAAGUGCACACAUCUUUCGUACAGAAACUGUUAGAAAACUGUGGAGUGUUGUGAGAACUGUUCGUGAUGUAACUUUAAUGUGAUAAAUAUAUAUAUAUACACAUAUGUAUGAUGAAAAGUGAAUAUUUUAAAACAAUGGACAAAAGAGCUAUGAUAUUUUAAUAUUUGAACUAUUAGUAAACUUUGAACUAUUUAUCUAUUUCUUUUAAACUACAUAUACAUAUGUGAUUUGAUUGAUGUGAAAUUCUCUUCAAGAAUUUUUAUUAAAUAUUUUGACUGGUUAUCCAGUGAAAAAACGUUACUACUAUGUUGUAACGUGAUAGAAUAAUAAAAACGCUGAAUAUUGACAAAUGAUGAUAGUGCUUUUGUUGUGCGUCAUCAUGAAAAUAGCAGAGUUUUCUGUGGGUCGUAUGAGCCCACCAUUUCAAACGCCUGCACAACCGCCACAUCUUCAUUAUGGCAAACGCAAGAGACAAGAACGAAAAUAUUACAAUCGACUUCAUGAAAAAUGCAAUUGUCUACUAUAUAAUCGUGCAGGCAAAGGGGCUGCAGUGAUGGAAGAUCCACAAACACCAGGAUCUGAUUGCAACUCCAAUCCUGCAACAGAUUCUAUCCAACAUGAUUUAAUUAGUUCUGAGUUUGUGCAAGAUAAUGUGGAAUAUCAAUGGUUCAUUGAUUAUGGCUACAGAGGAGAUGGAGGACUUCAUGUUCAUCCAAGUGUAUUAUCUUCACUCUCUGCUUCAUAUUCUCGAGAAGAUUUGGGCUAUUAUGAUGAUCUUGCCCGAAAUUUGGAUGCUAAUUUGGCAGAAAUUGAUAUGGAAAGUUUUCGUACAGCGGAUAUUCAUACUCUGCUUACAGCAUUACCUGUCAUGUGUACAGAUCCAGUUCAACAUUCAGAGUUUAACUAUCAAAGGGAACGAUAUGCUAGUAUAUCUGGAUCUGUUAUGGAAAAACUUGACAUCGGUUCAUCAAUCAGCCCUCAUACCAGCAGCCAGGGAGAAGAUUCAGCUUGUUCAACAACAGAUACAAUUUCAAUAUGCAAAUCAUCAUUACUCUUUUCACCUUUGAAAGAGACACCUAUACUACCACCAGGAGGUAGUUAUAGUGUUGACUCUCUGGACUGUGAAGAUAUGCUUUUAACAUGCCAGACAAAUAAUAAAGACAAUUAUACUAUUGCUUUUGAAGGUAGUAUCACAAUGUAUUCAGAUGGUUCUCAAGAUUUUGAAAAUCAAGAAAAACAAAAAACUUAUGAAACAGUAGAACCAUAUUAUAAUAGAAAUACAGAUUUGAAAAAUGUACUGGAUUUAUCAAUGGCAUGUUCUGAUUCUAAAAUAUAUACUACAUGGAGCAAUUUGAAACAUUCUUCUAUGAAUAAAAUUAUAACUCGUCAUCCAUCAGGCAAUAACAAUACAAUACCAGAAUUUUCACAUGGAGUAGAAAAUGUUAUAUCUGUAACAAAUAAAAGAAGUCAAAGUUUACCAGAUCUUACUCAAGCUACUCAAUUACAUCUCAAUAUACCUCUUAAUUUUUCUGUUGAUUCUGCAGAAUCAAAUAAUCAUGUACAACAAUUACAUAGUUCAGGAUCCGUAAUGAGUCGAUCUAUAAAUGAAGAAAGUUCUGAUAAUGGAGAACAUAAUUUAACAGAAAAAAGAUUACAAAAUUUAAGUCUUGUAAAAUUAUUUAUGAAACAAAAAAGUAUGAGUGCUGAAGGAAUGAGUCUUACUUUGGAUCAAUCAGAUUCUACUAGUGAUAAUGGAUGGCCUACAAAUAAUAGUGCUAGUGACAGUGGUACUAAUACAAAUACACAAAUACAACGGCAAAAUAUAAAUAAUAUUUCUAAACAUCAAGUUCCAGAAGGUGAUUUUUCUAUUAAUUGGGUUAAAAGUGAUCCUCAUAAUAAUCAAGAAAUAGAAAAUGAGAAAGACAUUCCAAAAUAUACUUCAACAAUAAGUGAACAAAAGGAUGAAAUGAUGUCAUCUGCAUCUGUAGAAGAAUUAUCAGAAAAUAUGUCUAAAUCAGAUUUAACUCAUGAUAAUGAUAUUAAUCAAAAUGAUUUUGAUGUCAUUCCUGUUUUCGAACAUCAACGAAAAACCGCAUGGGUCAAAUCUUUAGAAAAAAAAUAUCCAAUCUGCAAGACAAUGGGCAUUCAAGCAAUAGCUGAGACAGAAGAUAAUUCGGUUCAAACAUCGUUAAUAUUUACAACAUCUGUCAAAGAAAAAGAAAAUCCUUCCUUAAGAGAAACAAUUGUUAACAAAAAACCAGUUUAUGUUGUAUAUCCGAAUUAUGCUUUACCUGAUUUAUCGUUUUUCAAUAUUAAAGAUACAAAAUUAGAUAAUAUAGCUUUAAAACCACAAUGCUUUGGAAAAAACAGAGUUAAUUGGAAACAUACUGGUAGAUCCAGUAGACCAUUCUCGUGUAAUGAUAUAGAUGCAUUGCGUCAACGAGGAUUUUCACAUGUUAAAGACUGGGAGUCAUUGACAUUCCUUUUGCCUACUGAGUAUAAGAAAAUUUUGCAUGAUGUACCAGAAGUUUCAAGGCAUAUCAAUAUUCAUGAAGAAACGAGAAAGCCUUUAUUUUGCCUAUCUCCUCCAAUGCGUCAUAAAACUCGUACUAUAAGUGAAAUCAUACCAAAUAAUUCAUCCUCCACUAGUAGUACCGCGACACAACCAUCCUCUGGAUAUCGAGGAUCUUCUACAAUAUUAACAGAUUCUUCAACAAAUCAACAAACGUUAAAUAAUACAACCAAUCCAUUAUAUCUUUACCGUUAUGAUAGUAUUAGUUCUGAGGCCAGUUUAGUAAGUAAUGAAAAAAAAGUGCAUAGACAAGUUAAUAAAACAAAAAAAACCUGUCCGUCUCUCCCAAAACGAUCUCUUUCGUUACCUUAUGGAGAUCGUGAAACUGAAUUUCCUCAUGGAAAAGUGCCACCAAGACCACCGUUACCCAGAAGUAUUUUAAGAAAAAGCAAGGUUCCUGCAAAUAAAAGAUAUAGCAUGUUUGAAAUGGGAGAUGUAGAAGAAAUAGAAGAUCAAUCUUCUGAAACAAAUAAAAGAAUGUCUUUACAAGAACCAUAUUAUAUGAAUAAUGAUUUACAAUUACCAUGUCGCGGUCGAAUCGUUGAUUUAGAGAAAGAUGUUGAUGAAACGGAAGAAAGAUAUAUAGAAAAAGCAAAUGAAAUAGUUAAUAUUGGAGACUUAGAGACUGAAAAUUCUGAAAAUAGCGAAGAUGAUAUAAAACAAUUGGAAGAAUUUUUGAAACGUAGCGGUUUUUCAUCACAGAGUAGUGAUGGAGAUAUUGAAGAUCCCGAUGUUAAAUUAAGAUCGUAUGUAAGAAAAUUUUUAGCUCUCAGGAUGAAUAAAGAUGUUACCAAAGCUACUGAUAUGAUAGAAUCACAGAAAAAGACUGUCAGUUUUGCCAUAAACCAAAGGAAAAAAUAUUUAGAUAAUAAGAUUAAUAAUUUAAAUGUUGCAAAUGAACAAAAUAAAGAUGCUGGCUUUAUUGAAGAAAGAAAAGCAAUGAGUCCAGAUAAUAAAUUAGAUUUAGAUGAAAAAAGAAAAAUGAUACUAUCUGCAAAUAAAGCAGUAGAUUUAUUAUUGAAAUAUUGGAAUAGUGAAUCAAUUCAUAAUAGACAAAAUUAUAAUGAUAAAAAUGAAUGUGCUCAAAUCUGUGUUAGCAAUUUAUGUCCAGCUUUGUAUGCUAUUAUGUCAGAUGGAUUAAAAUCACAUUUAAAUUCUACAUUUGGACCAAUAACGAAUAGUGUUUGGCAAGUUGUUGAAGCUUCUUCUCAACAAGGUCCAGUUACUAAAACAUUAAAUGAAUUAGUACAAAAAAUUAAUGGUGAAGAUGUUAUUACAGAAGGAAUGCUAAAGUUUCAUGCAUUUGUAUUUGGUUUAUUAAAUUUAAGAGCUUUGGAUGCAUGGUUUGCAUAUUUAUGUACAAGAGAAUCCAUCUUAAGGAAACAUUAUAAUAGCAACAGUUUAUUUGUGGCAGCUUUAGCCAAUGCAAAUGCACGAGAAGUUGUCGAUGCUCUCUUACAUAUUUUAAAUCCUCUUGCAUUUUGUCCAUUUCAGCUUGAUCUUCUAUAUCAAUAUCGUCAACUUCAUAAUAGUUUUGGCAGUUUAAAUAAUCAUACCAUAAAUGCUGUAAACUUUAGAAAUAUUGAUCUUACUGCAAAAGAAAAUCAUUUUGAUAAAACAGAUACAUGUGCAAUGGUUUCUAGUCCCAAAAAAAUACGUCCACGAUCGUGCGUUGCUUAUAGUAAUUAUGAUGAUAAAUCUGGUGGUAUACAUAAGUCAGAUAUGGAAACGGUUAAAAAACGGUUAAGUAAUCCUAUAGGAUCAAAAAUAUUUCGUACUCUCGAUAAAUUGGCUUCUGAAGAUUCUGAAGAUUAUACUGAUAGUUUAGAGCAUUCACCAUUAAAUAGAGCCUCGAAUAAACAACCUAUGUCAAGAAAAUCUCAUAGUCCAGAUAAUAAAAUAGAUGACGAAGACAAUAUGUCUGGGGAAGAGAAAUUUAGAAAACUUCAAGAAAAAUGGGAAUUAAUGGUUGGAAAAGAAGAUACCAAAAUUCAACCACCAAUAUCGACACCUUUAUCACCUACGAAAACACCUACUAAUGUAGGAAAAUCUAAAAUACCUAGGCUUCUUACUUCACCAGUAAAACAAUCAAAUACAAUAUCAGGACCUGCUAAAAACACGAAAUGUCCUAUUUCGGGAAUUCCAUCAUUAAAAAAACCUAUUAUAUUAUCAACAACAAAAAUUAUUCCAAAGAAAUCUUUAGAAACAAAAAGCAAAGAUAUAACAAAACGUACUAGUAGAGUGGAUCAAGAAAUAAUAGGAACAACAAGAACUCAUUUAACAAGACCUAGUUCUUUACCAUAUAAAUCUUAUGGCGUAAUGUCUAAAGAUAAAAAUUUAAUAUCUCCUCAAAGACGAGCGGCGUCUACAUCUUUACCACGACCAACUACUACUAGUACUGCAAGAAAUCCUCCUGUAAAAAAGCCACUUAAAUUAAUUAAAUAAUAGAUCGCGCAUCUCGGUUCCAGAGAGGUUCGCACAGUUACACAUAGAAUGCCAUCAGAUAAUGGGCAUCUUGCAUUUGGAGAGGGUGAGAAGCUGAAAGUAAUUUUAGAAGUAGAUAGUAAAUGGUUAUUAUGUGCGAGAGGUGAUCGGAAAGGUCUGGUUCCGCGGAUGUGUGUGCAUAAUAUUCAGACUUAGCCUUAGAUUAAAUAUAAGAAAACUAAAAAAUAAUUUAAGUGGAACAAAGAUAUAAGACUUAAAUGUUACGAAAUUUAAUGUUACGAAGAAAAAUAUGUACAGUGUAUUAAAGGAAAGGCAUAGAAUUGUUUUUAAAAUAUGACAUGUUAUUAUCUAUAAUUGUUUGAAGCUUCAUUUAUAUCGAAUUGCGAUAGUAUUAUAUAACUAUAAUUGUCAUUGACAAGAAAGUAGAUAUCACUAGUCAUAGGCUUUCAAACCAGAUUAUAUUUAAUUAAUUGAACAUACAUCUAUUUAUAACCAGAAUGUACAUAUAUACAGUAAAAUAUGAUAAUAAUGAUGAUAAAGACGAUAAUGACGUAUAAUAACUUACAAUAAUUAUGAAUGUAACUGUGAUCAUAGUAUAGGUAAGUUUAUUAAUGCGAUUGUACGAUAACAUUGAAUUUCAUUUUUAACCCUCUAACUUAUAUUUUAUUAUUAUCUAUUCCGUACAUCGCACGAUUAAUAAAUAUCUCAUUUAGUUUUAUCUGAUGUAUAAAUCAUUACAUCGUGUGCUUGUGAUUCGCAACAAUCACAUUUUUUUACUUGCUUCAUGUAUUCUUUAGUAUGCUGAAGCAUACAAUAUAAUCAAAUAAAAUCUAAGAUCGUAAUUGUA